AGCAAUUUCCCGGUGCUUUCUCUCUUCUGUCUGAUGAGUGUGGAAGAAGAAGACGUUUCUCACGUUCUGUUUGUAUUCAGUAGCAACUGGCUAGGCUAAGCUAACCGGGUUGACAGCUGUCCGCAGAGAUGUUUGGGUGUUUGGUGGCCGGAAUGGGAGGAGCCGUAUACUUCUCCUUCCCGGACCCGGGCAGCGGCGCUCCUGUGUGGCAGUUGCUCGGCUUUAUCACCAACGACAAGCCCAGCGCGAUCUUCAAGAUCUCCGGCCUGAAGGCUGGGGAGGGCGGGGCGCACCCUUUCGGCGUGAUGGCCUCCGUGUCGCCAUCCGUGGCCCAGGUCGGCGUGUCCGUUGAAGCUCUGGACCAGCUGGCUCAGCAAAUCCCAGUGUCCAGCGCAGCGGUGUCCACUGUGGACACGUUCAUGCAGUUCACCCAGAAAAUGCUGGACAGCCUCUACAACUUCGCCUCCUCGUUCGCUCUGUCCCAGGCGCAGAUGACGCCGAACCCCACGGAGACCUUCAUACCCUCCAGCUGCAUCCUCAAAUGGUAUGAGAACUUCCAGAGGAGGAUGGCGCAGAACCCGAACUUCUGGAAAAGCUGAACUAACAAACCAGAACCCGAUGAAACACUAAGCCACAGUGCCUAUGUGGGAACAGUCUUCUGCCGUCAGACCGGACACGCUUCKUGUCCCACAGUGGACAUGUCAGACUCUCUGUGACUGUCUCAGUCUGUGGACGGAAGCCAGUGGAAACUCGGAGUGCCUGACUCUGUCUGAACACCUUUCAUCCUGUCAUCAUUAACUUGUUCACAUUCAUUCCACUGAUUGACCAACACAAGUGAUUCCUAAAUAAAAYCSGAUCUGCCCCAAAA